AUCCUGUCUGAUAACAAAUAAUCGGUGCAUUUUAGUGUAUAGUUUAUCCGAUAUAGGGAAUACGUUUUAUAUUUUCUCAUUGGUUUUUUUUUAACGACCUAAACGUCUAGUUGUAAAAUGGAUAUAUCUAAGGCAAACCUUAGGGAAUUAAACUCACAUGUAUGUGAAACGUUACUGGAAACACACUUGGACCUUAAUAACAUUGAUUUAAUUUUCAGCGCUGUUAUAUCAUUAAGAACAUUUUCUGAAAUGAAAACAUUUUUCAUUAUAGAACAUGGUAAACUGAUAUUUGGUCGUUUGGCAUGUUUAUGUCGGAAAUUGGAACAAAUGUUAUAUGACAGUGGAUCUUGCUUAUCGGGGACUGGAAAGGAAAAGGUACUGAACUCGUUUCGGGAAAAGGAAAAAGUCCUCAUAAUUUCAGUUUUCGGUGAAUCUGUCCUCAUAACCAAUCAUGACAUUUUGAGAAUAUUGAUAACGAACAUUACACGUGAUCUGGAAGAAGAAAAGAUUGUUAAAAGAUAUGUCGACUCUGACAUACUCAUUGCCAUGUGUAUUGAGGCAGACUUUCAAGAGAAAGAGGAGAACAGAUAUUGUCCUUUGCGUGAAAUGUCAUAUUUUGAAGAACCAGUGGGAAAGGGAAACCUACUUAAUGCCUCCAAACAUAAAACCAUGGCAACAAAGAUCUCAAUGAAGUCCACAAUUUCACCUCUGGUUCCACGGCAUCCUCACACUACGACUGUAACUGACUUAAGGAUCGUAUUUCCAAAUAAUGGAAAGCAAUAUAAUCAGUCUAUGUAUCCAGAGAGUAAAAGAACCCCUACUGAAGACCAGUACCCCAUACAAGUUACAGAAACAGAUGCCGGACAACCUUCUUUUGAGUAUGUUCCUAGACAUAUGCUUUCAAGCUUUACUGGCAGCAGAUACUCUGGACAAGGGGAAGCACAUGUUUUUACAGCACCAAAUGUUUCUUUCGGAAGACAAGCAAAAAUCAGUAGAAAUGUAGUCACAUCGGGUACAAGGUUCCCAUUUCCUGCUAAACCGGCCAGAUAUCCAGAUUACUCGGAACAGCGACUGAGAGAAGCAACGUUCCAUACACCCAACUGGCAAGUGGACAAAAAACCGAGCCCAAGGUUAUUGUCCGAGUGUGGAUUUUUCUUUACAGAUAAACAAGAUUUAGUUAGAUGUCACCAUUGUGGGAUUGGAUUGAAAGACUGGAUAAAAGAUGACGAUGUCCUAACUGAACACGUGAAGCACUCGCCCUCGUGUGAUUUUCUCAUACACAAGUUUGGAAAGAACAAAAUAGAUCGAAUGAAGACGGCGCUGAAGUCGGAUAGCAACAAUGAAAACCAUUCAAAUGCAGAUGCUCCACAAAUGCCAUACAAAAUCCGGUCACCUAGGUAUCAGACAAUGGAAGCAAGAAUAGCGUCAUUCAAGGAUUUUCCACGACAUAUCAACCUGUCUCCACAACAGCUUGCUGUGGCAGGAUUAUUCUUUACAGGUAAAUUGAUCGUACCAAUAAUAUUGUUUAUUUAAAGAGUAGUAAUUUACAAUUUGACGUUCUUUCCUCCCAUUCAUUUAACAAUAUACUUGCAAUAAAAAAUUGUUAAUUUAUUGAACAGGUAAAAUUUUAAAAGUAAGGUAAGGAAUGUUUGUGCCACAGUUUGGUGUAAAGCCAUGGUGUAUAACGUUUGACUUCAUUAUAUUGACACGCAGCUGCCUUUUAGAGUUCUGUUUUCCCUUAAAUCAGAAAUUUCAUGAAAAGAAUUUAGUGUAGUAUAAAGUGGAAUGUAGAGCUGAAUGCUCCUCAUUUUAACAUUUGUUUGGCUUGAGGUUGCAAUAACACAGACAAAAUUGGGUGUUACAUUACACUAGAUCUAUAUGCAGAUAUUCUCUUUUCGAGGUAUUAGUUACACCAAAAAUGCAGUGACGUUUUAAGCUAUUCAUGAACUUUAACAGGGUACACCUCCAUUAACAGCGAUUACACAGAGUACACUCGUUCUCACUUUUUGGAGCAAACUUCACUCUAUUUCUUCGAUUUUUUUCAUCAAACAAGCGUGUUGUGGUUGUUACGUUCUCUUUUGAAUAAACCUCAUGUGAAAUGGUUUUGCUCCCAACAAUUCUAUGAAAUAUAUGACAUUAAAUUCAUUUUCCAUAAAUGAGCUGUCAGGUUGAUUUGAUCAAGACUGAAUCAAACGGAAUGGCUAAAUGUAAACCCUUGUUAAUAUGAGAGAUUUAAAACUAUUACUACUCUGAUACAAAUCUGAAUUUGAGCAUCUGUUUUGUUUUGUUUUUUUUUUUUUUUUUGCUUUUUGUUUUGCUUUUUUGCAGUGAGUCAAGGAGUCUUGUAUGGAAUGAAAAACCAUUUACGUUAUGCUUGCAUCUAACAUUUCCAACAUAUACAAUUAACAAAAUACUUAAAAGUAUUUCAGUCUAUACCAGAAAAAAACUUCGGCCGUACCAGAAAUCUUGCUUUGUCAUUACAACCGAAAUCGCAUACGAAGAAUACGGAAUUGAACGAAAAAGGCCGAUUGUCAUUCGGAAUCCACUACCUUAAAUUAAUUUAUAUGAUGCCCUGAAGUGUUUACCUUGCACAAGUAUGUAAAGUUUGCUUCGAAAUAGAACAUAGUUUGUCAGCAGUAGCAUUUUAUAUCAAUCAAAAGAUUUUUUGUCUGCAACCAAUUUAUCAAUCAUUAACAAUUAAUCAACUGGGGUGCAAUGUUAAAAUUGUAAGUGAUGUUUAUUUGCUUCUUUGACCUGUAAUUUGCCAUUGAUUUCAGCCACAUUUUCAUUUACAUCUGCCAAUGUUGUAAUGAGACUGUUACAAGGUAAUGACAAAUUCAUUUAUAAUGUCAAUUUUAUUUGCUGAAUAAUUUCCUAUGUAUAACGUUUCAUGUUCAACACUUCUGGAAAACACCACAAUGUCAGCUCCAAUUUUCUGUUAAGGACUGGUAACUGAGUUAUUUCUGCAAAGAUCCUUGAAACCAGAAAACACAAUUCAACGUUAUUGUUCUGUUGUCACCGAAAACCAGCGAUCGUAUGUAUUACAGUUGCAAAAGAAUUGAAGAACUUUUAAAUUAGUUAAAAUGAAGCUUUAGCAGUUGUACUGAAUUUAUAAAGCAUUUAUUUAUGUAUACACUUUUUGAAAUGUGUUAGUCUGCACAAGUCCAAUAGUUUCAUUUUCACCGCGUCAGUCUGAAUUCUGUUGAUAAUAUUUGUGUAAUGUAAUAAAAUCUGUAAAAAGAUCAUUGGAAGCAAAGAAUGCAACCAAGCGGAAUAAUAGCAGACUCAUGAGAGGUAAUGAAAUA